AUGGACACAAUACUGCACAUCCAGGGCGACCUCAAGUCGCCCAAGGCACCACUGAUCCUCAUCCACGCCAUCUCGGGCCUGGCACUGCCUUACCUCAACCUCGGCCCGCUGGACGGACGUCCAGUAUACGGCAUAUCCGCCCCCCUCUACGAGCAAGGGUCGGCGGCCCCCUUGCCAGAGAGCCUGACCGAGGUGGGCUCUCUUUACGUUGGCAUUGUCCGCCGCCACAUUCAGCCCCACGGGCCCUAUGUCCUUGGGGGCUGGUCCAUGGGGGGCAUGAUUGCCACGGAGAUGGCCAAGAUCCUCACAGCCCAGGGCGAGAGCGUCCCGCACGUCAUCAUGAUUGAUUCCUUGAACCCCGAAAAGUACCCGCCCUUUCACGAUGCGCGCGAGCACCACCUUCUGGCCACGCUCACCUACAACGCCAUUGCGCGGCGCAUCAACGGGCCCGAGGAGCCCUUAGGUUUCGCGGGACAGGGCGUGGACACCAUCCCCAGCGGGCCGAGCAGCGCUCACGCAAGUCGGGACAAUUCGGACGGGGAGUUGGACAGCGACGACGAACAGGUCCUCGCCGACCGAUUCUACCACCAGAUGCGGCAACAUGUCCACCAUGGGCUCCGCAUGCUGGCGUCGCAUCGCUCCUCGCUGUCCCAGGGCGAGGCGAGGCGGCUGCCUGAGACGGACGCGACGCUGGUCAAGUGCAAGACCCUGGACUCCACGGCGCCGCUCCUCAGCGAGAAGCGACGCGAAUUUGCUAGGCGCAUCCACCAGGACAUCCGGAGCGGAUGGGCGGACGGACAGUUCAGAACGCUGGUCACGGCGCCGUUCCGGGCGUCGCACGAUAGCUGUCUGGACCACGAGUUUGCGGACGAGCUCACGGUGAUCUUGCAAAGCAUUCUGCGGUGA